CUCCCCCUCGCUUCCUUCCCGCCACAAACAAGAAACAUACCCGGUGUCAAAGAAAAAGAAAACAAGAAACACACCCACUGCCACCAGCACUCUGUUCGUCGUCGAAGAUGAGGCACGCGAGCGCCACAGCGGCGGUCGCCCUUGCCUUGGCCCUCGUCCUCGCCGUCGCUGCCGCGUCCAGGGAGAAGAAGCACCUCGCCGAUGCCACCGCCUGCGUGUACGUCGUGAUGGUGAAGCCCCCCGCCGGCGGCGUCGACAUCACGGCGUACCAUAUUGACAUCCUCGCCACAGUGCUCGGCAGGGACAAGGCGAAGGAGGCGUUGGUCUACAGCUACAAGAGCGCCCUCAGUGGGUUCGCAGCGAAGCUCACGCCGGCGCAGGUCGCCGUGCUACAGAAGCACCCUAACGUCAUCCAGGCGCUACCUGAUAAGCAGUACUCCCUUCACGACAACCUCAACUGAACAAGAGCACUUGCUUGUCCUACAGGAGGAGUUAUCUGCAGUUCAGUGUUUGAGUAUGGAACAACAAAAACAAGGAUCUAAUCCGAUCCUUGGUGGUCUUUUACUGCAUACUUCAACUAGAUAAUAUAUAGCCAGUGUAGCGUGCGAAGUAAUUUAUCAAUGUUUUACUUGUACACUCGAAACCCAAAACUCUCUGCAUAUACUGAUCGAAAAGAAAUACUGUUGGCAGGUUUAUCCUCCGUGUUUGAGUAAAUUUCACUGUUUACCUUUA